AUGAACAACUGGUUGGUAGUGUCUCUCCUGCUCAGCAUUUUCGGAUUUCUUAAAGAAAUCAGGCCUUCUGAGCCUUUCGUUUAUGAAUUUUUAAUUGAUAAGACAUGGAGAAAUAUCACGGAUGUUGAAAUUACCCAAAAAGUGUAUCCUGUGGCUACUUACAGUUAUUUGGCACAUUUGGUGGUAAUUUUUUUGAUAACAGAUCUGUGCAGGUACAAGCCUCUCAUAAUUUUAUUGGGAGCCUCAGGAGUUGUUAUUUGGGCACUGUUAUUAUGGACAGAGAGUCUUUUAGAAUUGCAAGUCGUUGAGGUGUUAUAUGGUACUUUUAGUGGUGCUGAGGUAGCCUAUUACACUUAUAUAUAUGCCAAAGUUGACACUGAGUAUUAUCAACAAGUUACUUCUCAUACCAGAGCUGCCAUUUUAGCAGGGCGUGCUAUAUCAGGAAUUUCUGCUCAACUUUUGGUAUCCUUCAAAUUGAUGGAUUAUAGACAGCUGAACUAUAUAACAUUUUCAGCUAUGAUUGCUGCUACCAUCUGGAGCAUCUUCCUUCCUUCCGUCAAAAAAAGCAUCUACUUUCACCAAGAAGGCAUCGGCCAGCGACCACUCCUAUCCAAAUUCAAUGACGCAUUUAAUCUCAUGGCCUCCCACUUCCAAAACUCCUUCACCAACAUGUACGUCCUCAAGUGGUCUCUAUGGUACGCCCUAUCCACCUGCGGUUUCAUCCAAGUACAAACGUACAUGCAACCCCUUUGGUCGGUCAUCGUCAAUAAUCCCGAAUCGCCCAUUUACAACGGCGCUGUCGAGGCGGUUCUGACCCUGUUCGGGUUCCUGGGGGCAAUGUUGGCGGGCGUCAUGAAAAUCGAUUGGCGGGUCAAGGGGGAGCUCAGCCUCACGGUAUGUUCGCUGCUCCAAGGCUUCAUCAUGCUGUACUCGUCGAGAACCGAGCAGGUCGUUACGAGCUACAUUUGCUAUGUAGCGUUCGGGGCUCUCUACCAUUUCAUGGUGACAGUGACCUGUAGCGAGGUGGCGAAGUAUAUCCGAGAUGAGAGCUACGGGUUGGUGUUUGGGGUCAAUACGUUCGCAGCGUUGAUCAUCCAGACGAUCCUCACUGCUGUUGUUGUUACGAAAGGUGUAGGGUUCGCGCUGAGGCCGAGAGAUCAAUAUUUUGUCUAUGGUUGUUUUCAUAUUGUGAUAGCGGUUAUUUUUAUAUUCAUCGGGUUGUUUGUUUGGUUUGAAAGAUCGAAGGAGUAUAGGAAGACUAGCAUUGCACAAUAUUCCUGA